CUCACAGAGAUCAUUUAUGAUUCAUUGCUGUUUUGAUUUGUUUUGUGUUCACACUGGAUUCAUUUAUUCGGACUUUUCGUUGUUUCUUACCGAUGGAGGGGAAAAAGCAAGAACUUAAAGAUUCUCCGUUUUCCAUCAAGAAUUUACUGAACACGCCGGACAAACCCAAACCCGUCCGGAGCGUUCACAUGAAUCUGUCUCUCUCCAGAGUUCCCGAUCUCAGUUUCCUGAGGUUCGGCUCCUGGUGUCGCCCGCCGGGACACCCGAACACAUCCUCAGAUCGGAUCAGAUACCCGACAGAAGCCCUGAAAUCAGAACCGGAAGAUCCGGACCCUAAAGAGGAUGAAGAUGAGGAGGAGGAGAGCGAUACAGACGAGCAAAAGAGAGAAGAAAUCAUCUCAGAGAAGAAACUUUGUCGAAAGAAAAAGACCAGAACCGUGUUCUCGCGCUCUCAGGUGUUUCAGCUCGAGUCCACGUUUGACAUGAAACGGUACCUGAGCAGUUCGGAACGGGCCGGGCUCGCCUCGUCGCUCCAUCUUACCGAGACUCAGGUGAAAAUCUGGUUCCAGAACCGGCGGAAUAAAUGGAAGAGACAGGUCGCCGCGGAGCUCGAGGCCGCGAACCUCACUCACACGCAGAGGAUCGUGCGCGUGCCCAUCUUAUAUCACGAGCACGUGGAGACCUCGCGAGCUGCGGGUCUCGGGCUCACGCACGCACUUUAUUACCCGCAGCAUCCGUUGAUCAGACCGGUCUGAUGAGUGAGGACUCGAUCCUGCUUAUGGAGUUCUGGGUACUUGAAGAUCUGGGCUGGGCUGGCCGAUCAAAGCUUCUGGGUUCAGAUUUUGACAGUCGCUGUUGUGAAGUUUAAUUCUUUUGAAUGCUCCAAAAGCAACUAUUAGUUAUAAAUCACUUUGGAUAACUUUUAACUAGCUUCAGUCAAACCUGAACCCACAGACAUUUACUUCCCGUUUCAGUGGACCUCCACGAGCAGCACAGACCCCAUCAUGUGUUUUUCAUGAAAAAAAAAAUAUAUGUUUUUUGUUAAAUUGUCAACUAUUUAUAUUAUUUUUAUUAAUUCUUAUAAUUUAAGUAAGUUUCGCCAAAAUCACCCAAUUUCUAUGUAUAUUUUAUAAACAGUUUAUUGUGUAAAUGUAAAUUAUUGAUAUUCUGUUUGUUGGUCUGUGGUUUCGUCUGUUUUCUUUCAUAUGCUUGUAAAAAUGUUUUUAAAACAAUGUGGGCAAUUGUAAGGUUUAUGUAGAGAAUUUAAUAUUGUACUACUGAAAUCAUUUCUCAGUUUAAAUGUUUACAUAUAUAAUAAAGGUUCUGUUGUCUGAAAUGAUUAAUUAUGGAUGAAAUUUCUAA